AAUGAAAAAGAUGGUAGGCAGGUAAUACAUUAGGAUUUUUAUAAUACAUUUGGGUACUACAGAAUAAUUAAUUUUCAAUUACUGAUGAAUUUUACAUUUUUUUCAUAAAUGAAAGCAAAAUAUCCAAGAUCUAAAAACAUAUAUAAAUCGAUAAAGCGUUUGAUACCAUUACGUAUCUUUAAAAAAUAAUACUAAUUUUAUUAUAUUAUAAAAUAUUUCCAUAUAACCUCAAAGACAAGGAUACUAGAAAUACAGCACUAAUCAAAUAAGUUCAUGAAUAAAAACACCCAACACUCAAUACCAAUAGAUCUUGUGACGUCAUUUAAUGCGGUAGGCAUAAUGAUAAGUGUAACAAAAAUAGAAGUAUACAUGUCUCUCCUUGUUCUUGUCCUGCAGCCAUCUGUGCUGGCUGGCUCAGUCAGCUGUUUGAUUCUGUUCGAAGUACGAUGGCUGCUGGGUGUUGUGGUACAAAGAAACAAAAACUUAACAAUUCAUCCAGUAUCCCUUCUUGCAAUGGUACUUCGGUAGUUUCAAACGGAGUAAGCAACGGAAUGGGAAUGGUCGCGUUACCUGAAAUGUGUUUCUUUUGUUUUGACGUGCUUUAUUGCCAUUUGUAUAACCUAGCCCCCCCUAAAACACCUUCAUUCAGUAACGAUGCAUAUCCACUAUUUGUAACAUGGAAAAUCGGAAAAGACAAACGUCUUCGAGGGUGCAUUGGUACUUUUAACGCUAUGAAUUUACAAACCGGAUUAAGAGAGUACGCUAUAACCAGUGCUUUUAAAGAUUCCAGAUUUAGCCCCAUAACACGGGAUGAAUUCCCUAAAUUAAGUGUGUCUGUGUCAAUCUUGAGACAUUUUGAGGAUGGUGACGAUUACUUAGAUUGGGAAGUAGGUGUUCAUGGUAUUCGGAUUGAAUUCAUUAAUGAAAAGGGAAAUAAACGAACUGCUACUUACUUACCAGAAGUUGCUUCCGAACAAGGUUGGGAUCAGCUGCAAACAAUAGACUCACUCCUUAGAAAAGGAGGUUACAAGUCAGUGAUAUCAAGCGAAGUGCGACGUACAAUAAAAUUAACUCGAUAUCAAAGUGAAAAAAUUACAGUGACUUAUCAAGAUUACAUGAACCAUUGGAACAAUCAGCGAUGCUAGCAGAUAAUGUGGGGGCGCUCCCCUAUGGUGCCCCCACAAUCAGUGCCCCCAUAUUCUCACACAGUGCCCCCUUGUCAUCCUGCUACUUUUGUGAUGGUACAACCGCCUCUUCCAAUUCCAACGUAUGGACCUACAAUGGCUACUGUGCAGCCCCCAUAUAUGCUACAACCUUUACCUGCCCCUGUACCAAUGUGGUGGGAAAAUUACCCCGGGCCAUCUUACCAACAGGAAUUUCCUAUGUUAUCUCCACCCGAAUCUCAAAUGAAUGGUUACCAGACAUUUUUCAGAAAGCAAAAGUGACCCAUAAGUUGUUUUAAGAGGUUAUGCUACUGUACCAAAUUAUAACAGAUUCUAUAAAAAGUAACACAAGUAAUAUGUCACAAGGAAAUGUAAGUCAGAAAAAGUAUGGUUUAAGAAGGUGUUGAUUGCAGGUAAUUUCAAAUUCUACAAAAAUAUUGUUUCCAAAGAACUAAAUUUUAUUAGAAUUAAGAAGCAAACAAAAACACUUUUCAAGUUCUGUGCGACUUAAAUUAGGUAAUUAUGUUUUAAAUAUAUUUGUUGAGAUAAAUAUUGAUUAAGUUGCACAUAACAAUACGAAUUACACUUACACAUAUUGCCUAUUCGUAUAACUUAAGAAUGUAGACAGUUCAUUUGGAAAGUACAGUUUCUGAAUCUUUCCUUUGCCAUUUUAACACUAUGUUGCUGAUUACAAAAAUAGUAUAUGAAAGAUUUUUUUUGUGAAAUACGAAAAGGUAUUCAGACCAUUUCAAAAUUGUUGGUAGAUUAGGGUUUGUUGAUGUUUGUCACUAUGUGCCUGACCAUCGCACAAGAACAGAGCUUAUCGUAUGUAAAAAUAAUGCUACUUGAGACUAUCACGGUACUAUUUGAAACAUUAAUAUUGGGUUAAAAUCCAUUAUAUUUAAAGAGGGGCAGCUGAACAAUGGAUUGGCAAAGUGAGAUGUAUGCAUAUUUGUAAAAACUAAUGGAUCUUGAUAUUCGACAAUAAUAUUGUGCACCAAUAAGUAUUGAAGUAGUUUCAGAUGUUCCUUUUUAUUAAUUGCAUUUUAUGAACAGUUUCACCAAGUAGUAAUUUCUUUUUGAAUUUAUAUUCCACCAAGUAAUUAAAAAAAUAUAUGUGAGUCAUAAUAUGUUUUCAAUAAGUAAAAAAUAUUUCCAUAAUCUAUGUAUAUAAAAUACAUUUGGGUUACUUGUAACCAAUAACAAAUAGGUGACUAAGUCUUAAUUGUACUAAACGUUACUUAUUUUUAUUUUUCUCAGUCUAAUAUAUGCAUUUUUACAGGGUUCACUAAUUCAGUAGUAUUUUUUUUAAACUUAUCUACAUGUCAGCGAUUUGUUCAUACCAAAUCAUAUCCAUUUUUUCGGCCUUUCACAGAAACGAGGCCACUGGCAAUAACAUAAUUUUGCACUAAACCAUUUCAAUUUGCUUAUAAAAAAAAUUGUAAUUACUUGUAUAAUACAUUAAAAUGGUAGUCCAUGAUUCUUUUUGCAUAUUUUAGAAUAGCUUGCUGGUACAAGCUAAGUCUUUGAUUUGCUGGAUUAAAUAAUAAAAUAUCUACAAAAAUUUUCUUUUAACAAAAACUGUAUACGAGGCAUGUUCAUAAAGUAAGAGUACUCCAUUUUGUAGAAAUCAAAACGGCAGUAAGUAUAUGAAUUUAUGAAAAAUACAUCUAGCACUAUUUUUCGAGUUAGUUGCAACCUCAAUGCACUUUGUGAGUUGAGAGAUGAGCUUUUCAAUACCUUUGUCAAAAAACUCUCUCAUCACCUCUCGGGACCAUUGUUUCAUGACAAUGUGGACCUCAUCGUCGGAAGAAAACCUUUUUGUACCUAUAAACACCUAAGAGAAAAAAUGAAAAUCAGAAGGUGCCAGGUCAGGGUUGUGAGCAGGGUGGUUGAUUAUGUUUGAACCGAAUUAAUCCAAGAGUUGCUUUGUGGCGUUUGCUUCGUUAACAUUCCCCUUCUUUUGUUCUGUACCGCUCUCCUUAGUGUUUUUAGUUUCACAAUACUGCGCAGCAUUAAUUGUUUCCCCUUAGGAAAUCCCAAAACAGUUGCCAUAAUUUUUCGGGCCGAAACGGUUUUGAAUUGUUUUUUUGCUGAUGGUCAAGACAGAUGUCGCCACUACAUUGAUUGUCUUUUUGUCUCGGGGGUGUACUGGUCCACCCACGUUCCUUCGCCAUUCACAGUGCUGCUAAGGAAAUGUUUAUCUUCCAAAUUCCCGUGAAGAUACGAUUCUGUUGAUUUUGUGUUGAUCCGUGAGUUAUUUUGGUACCCACCUCACACAAAAUUUUCCAAAACCAAGUAUUUCAGUAAUGAUUGCAUGCAGAAGAGGCCUUCAUCAUACCAUCCCCAUAAACAGUUCUGAUUUCAUUAAAAAUCUGGAACGGUGCCUUUCCCUUUGCAAGAAGAAACCCGAUUAUGCUGCUCACCUCGCAGCUGGCGGGAUUCGGAAUAGCAGCACUCAUUUCGACACACCACUACAACAGCUCUCAACUGACUGAGAAAAAUAAGUGUGCAUUCUGCUCCCAACACCUUGAAUACAGUACUUUUACUUUAUGGAUAUGCCUCUUAUAUAAUUGUUACAUUUUGUCAUCAGAACUGUUUUAGGAAGACAUUUAAAAAUAAUUGGAAAUAGAAACGUAUUUAAUUAAAUUUCGAAUCAAUGUUUAAAAUAUGCAAAAACCGUGGAAAUCAAAUAUUGUGCGUUGUGCGUCAUUUUUUAUAUAUUUAGGGUUGGUUUUUCCAAGUGUCAAAUUUUAUUUCUGUCACCUUCUUAUGCAUAUAAUUUUUAUGUACCAGAAGGCGGAAAAACUGACCCUUACGGAACCUACAAUAUUUUUAAUAAGUGGUGCAUUUCUAAUGGUAUGAAUCGCAAUUAUAUAAAUCUAUGUCAAGUUAGUCGUCCGACAAGUUAACUAUGGGGUGUCACUGUAAUUUUUAGAUUUGUAUUUUUUUUAAGCGUUGUAAAGUACAGAGUAUAUUAAAUGACAUAUUUUUUCUACAAUGUCUCCAUACUCUCCAUUAAUGAUAAAAUGUAAACAUUUUUUUCGCUUUAUAAAUAACACUAGCAUAUUUUUGUUGAGUUAUUGUUUUUAUUCUCAUUAAUUAUAAAAAAAAUAAAAAAAUAUUUGAAGAUUCUAAUUUAGCAAUUAAAUAUUAAGUAAUUUGGUAAUAGCUUAAAAAUGAAACAACACCAUCUUUAGAUGCGAUGGGAUUUUUUAACUUAAAGAUCACUGCCAUUUUUGUCAUCAUGAAACAUCAACAAUCAUUAAUAGUGAUGCUCAAUUAGCUAAAUUUCUGCUAGGAACAUCAUUGUAUUGUGAUCUCGUUGCUAAUACAUCUGAACUGAUUUUUUUAUUAUUUAAAUCAAGACAGUGUCUGAUAUCAUAAUCAAAAUAUUCCAUGUUCACUUUGGUCACUUCACGUCUUUCCCCCGCACAUUUUCAUUACAGUUAAAUUUUUUUAUAAAAAUUUAGAUGUAUAUAGCAACUCCACCAAUAAAAUCUAUUUAUACAUGUGCUGUAAGGUGGAAUGCCAUUUCAAAGGUGCCAUUUUUUUCUAGCAUUUUGUAUAUAAAAUACAAAACUUGAAAAAAUGCGUUGAAAAGGAUGCAUUACCUCUCACUAAAUUUCUAAAAGUAAAAACUACGUCCAUAAGAAAAUCCUAGUGUGAAAUUUGAAGGAAACAAUUCUGGAGUCUCAAGAAAAAUUAUAUAUACAAAGUCAGAUCUGAUCUCCAAUAUUCACAGUAUAAUUUCAUAUAUUUUAAAUAAUAUAGGCAUUUAAGAAAGUAAUAUCUAAAACCUAUUAAAGCAGCCUCUUACACAUUCGUCCCGGAAGAUUAUGCUCGUUGAGUGACACUGUUACAAAACUAAUGUAUAUGCACCUCAAUUUGGCAACAGUUUUGCUCAGAACUGUUUUACUUGACAAGCAAAAAUGUCCAUGGAGUAUAUGUAAACAAAUAUUUAAUAUUUUACACAUUUACUAACAUUUUUAAUUUUUUAAAUAAUCAGUUGUUUUUAUAAGGCUUUUAUUAACAUUUAAAGACAAGUUGCUACACUGCCCAAAUAAUUACAGGUACCAUGGUUCUAGUUUUUUUAACGUGUAAACAUUUUCCAUCUGACUUCCUGUAUUUUAAUUGCAAUAAUGGCAAUAUCUUGCCCGGUAUAUUUGUGAGUUGAUUUAUGUAUUCGAUCCUGUUUGGCAUUCCAUUUUACCAGAAGAGGUGUCUGACUCAGGACUAUUAGAGCUAUUUCAAUUUUAGGUAUCACAAUUCUGCUACUAGAGUUUAUUCAGCAACAAACUUUUAAAACGUCAUAGUACACAUUUAAAAUUAAGAGUGAAGCUUGUAUUGUUAGUUUUUCAAAUAUUUAUAAUUGUUAGGAUUAUGUUAAUAACAAAUUUGAUUUAGAUUUAAAAUGUUAAUGUGUACUACGAUUAUCAAAAAUAGUAAUCUUAAGAUUUAUUUUAAUUAACACAUUUCAUACCAUCAACGUAAUUGUGCCUAAAUCUGGAUAAUAUAGGUAUUAAUCCAGUAAGCCAUUAAAAUUGAGACACAACAUUCUGAUUUUUCUCUGAAUUUAGCCAUUACGAUUAGUCUUUAAUAUUGAGUGUAUUGUAGUGGGGUUUAAAGGUUUAAUAAAAAAUUACUUUUUAUAAA